AAUGAAUAUUCAUGAAUAUUCAUUUACGUUCUCUGACGCACAUACAUAAGUUGGAAAAAUUGCCUAUUAAAUGUUUAUUUUACUAUGAAUUCUGGGGUUUUUACCGAUAAUACAGAUUUUUAAUUCAGAAGGCUUUUCAUAAUUAUAAAUUUGUCAUAUCAUAGAAAUUGAAAACAUAAAUCUAAAUAGGUAUGCGCAACGAUUUUUCAUAUAGGAAUAUUCGUUGUGUCUAUUUAUAGCAUUUCGCAUAUUGUGUGGUGUAUUUUUCUUUUUCGAAGUUAUAUUUUUCGAUGUUCCCUCAUCUGGAACUACAAAUUAGUACUCAAAAAGUUUUCAGUUAACAUUUGCUCCUUCUCUAUUCAUCAACAUUCUCUGGUAUAAAGAAUUGCAAUAAAUUAUACAAUUUAAUAAUUUAUUCUUUCUUAAGUAAAAUUUCUUAGAAAAUUCCUGAGACGCGAUUAGAAUUAAUUUAGUAAAACAGUUUUCAUUGUUACUUACUUAUUAACUUAUAAAUCUUUAUCCAAAUGAUGUAGUUUCGUAGCAUCAUUAUGUGAAACUCUAUAUCUGAAAUAAAAUAAGGAAAUGUAGUCUUUCAAUAUGCAAUAAAUAUAUAGGCGGGAAAGAAUAUAUACAUACAUAUUAUCCCCACAAUAGAACUGAACUAAAUGCAAUAUAUUUUGUUAAAUUAAUACAAUAUUGUACGAAACGCCUUAAUGGAUUAUGGUGUGCGAACGUGCCCCACUAAUUUUACCAGAAGGUGUCGCUGUUGAUUAUUUAUAUGAUUUGACAUUUUAGUGACACCGACACGAUUUCCGUUGUCUCGAUUCCUUUACCUUUUUGACAGGCGGACGUAGAAGCAGCUCUUUUGUCGAGCCGCUAUUAAAAUCUGCUUUUUUCAAUUACAUCGCGUUUUUAAAAACAAUCCAAAAUGGUUGUAAAGAAGCCUAGGCCAAAGAAGAAGCCAGUUACCAAAAAGGUUGCACCAGCACCAUUGGCCGUGAAGAAGCCAGUAGUAAAGAAAGUGGUGAACCAACUUUUUGAGAAGCGCCCUAAGAACUUUGGCAUUGGUCAGAAUGUGCAGCCUAAACGGGAUUUGUCUCGUUUCGUUAAAUGGCCCAAAUACAUUCGUGUUCAGCGCCAAAAGGCUGUAUUGCAAAAGCGUUUGAAGGUGCCACCACCAAUUAACCAGUUUACGCAAACUCUGGAUAAAACCACAGCAGUGAAGACAUUCAAGUUGUUGGAAAAGUACCGCCCAGAGUCGGCUUUGGCUAAAAAGCAACGCUUGAAGAAAAUUGCCGAAGCUAAAGCUAAGGGUAAAGAUGUUCAACCCAAAAAGAAGCCUUCCUUCGUGCGUUCUGGUACAAACACCGUAACCAAGUUGGUUGAACAAAAGAAGGCCCAAUUAGUUGUCAUCGCUCACGAUGUUGACCCCUUGGAGUUGGUUCUGUUCCUUCCUGCACUUUGCCGUAAAAUGGGUGUUCCCUAUUGCAUUGUUAAGGGCAAAGCCCGUCUUGGUUUGUUGGUACGCCGCAAGACCUGCACUGCUUUGGCGUUGACCAAUGUGGAGGCCAACGAUAAGGCGAACUUCGCUAAGAUUCUGGAGGCCAUCAAGACCAACUACAAUGACCGCCAUGAUGAGAUCCGUAAACACUGGGGUGGUGGUGUCCUGGGCUCUAAGAGUUUGGCUCGUAUUGCUAAAUUGGAACGUGCUAAGGCGCGUGAAUUGGCACAAAAACAAGGCUAAACAGCUGAUGGGUGUAUCAGUUAAAUGUUUUGAAUUAUGGGAUUUUGUUAAGCAUCGGGAUGUGAAGACAAAAUGAAAAAGUAAAUAAAAUAGUUUGUACUGAACUUCCAUGAA